AUGCGCACCGCACACCCUCUCCAACCUCCUGGGGGCCGAGGACGUGGGGGUGGGGGCGUUAGAGCCUUGGGCGACCCUGGGGACCCGCUGCUGGGCGGAUGCGGCCUGGCCAGACGAGGACCUGGAGGAGGAAGAGCAAAGUGUGGGGCCGAGGGUGGGGAGUGGAGCAGGGCAGCCAUUCCGACGUGCAGAGAGGUGACAGGAACACCCUCCAGAGGCUUUGAUGAGAAGACGUAUCUGGCAGCCAAGCAGCUGAAGCCUGGAGAGGACCCCUACAGGCAGCACGCCUUCAACCAGCUGGAGAGCGACAAGCUGACCUCAGACCGACCCAUCCGGGACACCCGUCACUACAGUUGUCCAUCCCUGUCCUACUCCUCGGACCUGCCGGCCACCAGCGUCAUCAUCACCUUCCACAACGAAGCCCGAUCCACCCUGCUGCGCACGGUGAAGAGUGUCCUGAACCGAACUCCUGCCAGCCUGAUCCAGGAGAUCAUUUUAGUGGAUGACUUCAGUUCAGAUCCGGAAGACUGUCUGCUCCUGACCAGGAUCCCCAAGGUCAAGUGCCUGCGCAACGACCGGAGGGAAGGGCUGAUCCGGUCCCGAGUCCGCGGCGCGGACGUGGCCGCAGCCGCCGUCCUCACCUUUCUGGACAGCCACUGUGAGGUGAACACCGAGUGGCUGCAGCCCCUGCUGCAGCGGGUGAAGGAGGACCACACCCGCGUGGUGAGCCCCAUCAUUGACGUCAUCAGUCUGGAUAAUUUUGCUUACCUUGCUGCAUCAGCUGACCUUCGAGGAGGAUUCGACUGGAGCCUGCACUUCAAGUGGGAGCAGAUUCCUCUGGAGCAGAAGAUUGCCCGGACAGACCCCACCAAGCCCAUAAGGACGCCCGUCAUAGCUGGAGGAAUCUUUGUGAUUGACAAGUCCUGGUUUAACCACUUGGGAAAGUAUGAUGCCCAGAUGGAUAUCUGGGGGGGAGAGAACUUCGAGCUCUCCUUCAGGGUGUGGAUGUGCGGAGGGAGCUUGGAGAUCGUGCCCUGCAGCCGGGUGGGCCACGUCUUCAGGAAACGGCAUCCCUACAACUUCCCCGAGGGCAACGCCCUCACCUACAUCAGGAAUACCAAGCGCACUGCAGAGGUGUGGAUGGACGAAUACAAGCAAUAUUACUACGAGGCCCGGCCCUCCGCCAUCGGGAAGGCCUUCGGCAGUGUGGCCUCGAGGAUCGAGCAGAGGAAGAAGAUGAACUGCAAGUCCUUCCGCUGGUACUUGGAGAACGUCUACCCAGAGCUCACGGUCCCAGUGAAGGAAGUGCUUCCCAGCAUCAUUAAGCAAGGAGUUAAUUGCCUGGAAUCCCAGGGCCAGGACACAGCUGGUAACUUCCUGCUUGGAGUGGGGACCUGCAGGGGGUCUGCCAAGAACCCGCCAGCACCCCAGGCAUGGCUGUUCAGUGACCACCUCAUCCAGCAGCAGGGGAAGUGCCUGACCGCCACCUCCACCUCCGUCUCCAUCUCCCCUGGGUCCCCGGUCGGACUACAGACGUGCAACCCGAGAGAAGGCAAACAGAGAUGGAGGAGAAAAGCCUCUUUCAUCCAGCAUUCGGUCAGCGGCCUCUGCCUGGAGGCCCAGCCCACACAGCUGGUGACCAGCAAGUGCCAGGCUGACACCCCCGCCCAGCAGUGGCAGCUGUUGCCGCAGCCGCACACAUGAUGGCAGCCCGGGGCCUCCUGUACCUUCUGCAUGAGACUUUGGGACUGGAAGGGGUUAGGGUGGGGGAGUGUAAAGCGGGCCGUUCCCAUCUCCUCACAUUUCUGCCGGAACCAUCAGCAAACACCCCUGCCAUGAGACACCAUUCUCCAGAGCUUGCACAGGGCGGGCAUGGGGGCGUGCCUCGGUGCCCAGGCUGCCGACCCGCCCUCACCCCGGGAGAGAAGAAGGCCAGGAUCUGGACUGCUACUGGGUAGAGACUGGGCAGGUGCCCUCACAUCUUUGUCCCCUCCCUUCUCCUUCCUGGGGGCCUGGGCAGUGGGUUGGGUGCCCUCCCGUCGUUGUCUGGGUAGAUCAAGGACAGAAGCCCACCUAGGGUCCCCACUGUGUCACAGGCCCUGUUUGUGGGAUCAUGGGAAGAGGAUGUAGGUGGCAUGGAUGGAGAAACCGAGGCUGGGAGGAGAGGGGCAGCCUGCAGUGUGGGUGGAGAACCAGGGGGAAGUGAGUAGCUCAGUGGCCUGUCCCCGGCAGGUGCUGGGCUGGGUGUGGGAGGGAGGGGGUCGGGAGCAGAGGAUGGGUGAUUUGUGGAAGGACGUGGACAGGAAAGCGGCACAGCACCCAAAGAGUGGGUCUCUUCCCGGGCACCCAACCUCCCAGGCCGCACCAGCCCCCGGGCACGGUGCCCGCCUCCGUCCUGUGCUCCGGUCCCCACUUCUUAGGAAGAGGCUGCGGGGCAAUCUUCAGGGGCAGGCUUGGGACACUGUGUAUUACACAGAUCCCACUUCUGUUUGGUCAUGUGUCAGGACAAGACGUCGCCCUCUGGGCCUUACUGACCCGCUGGCGCCCUGUGCCCCUUGUCUGGGCCCACCACGAAGACCCCGUAAGGACAGGCAGCCACCCUGCCAUGCACCACUGAGCUGCCCCGUCCAGGUUCGCAGUGACGCUGCCUUCUCCAAAGCCUUUGCCUUUGUAAACAGAGCAUGAUGGAAUGGGGGGGCCCGUAAGAAUGGGACCUCCGUCUGGAGCAUCAGCGCUCCCUACGUCAUUAGGGAGAAAGUCCUCCAGGCCCAGCCUCGUGCUCCCUCUGCCCGCCCCCCCCCCC